AAUCAACGUAACUGACAAACACACUUACUAAUCAUACUCAAAGUGAAUGGAGCAUAUCUUUACUCUCUUGCAUGUUGUAAUGGCCAUCCUGAAUUUUUCCAGAACAAAUGGGACAUUCUGUAGCCUGCAGGGAGAACCUGUAUACCCACAACUUUCAAAAGAAGGGGAUAUCAUGGUUGGAGCAAUUUUACCUUUCCAUAGUGGAUGGGAGAUCACAGAUUUGUCUUACUCGGUCAGACCACCUCCAGUAAAGUGCACGAGUCUUGAUUUCAGAGCCUUCCAGUUUUCACAGUCCCUCAUUUAUGCAAUAGAGGAGAUCAACAACAGCUCUUCUUUGCUGCCUGGUGUCUCACUGGGCUACAAGAUCUAUGACACCUGCAGCUCUGUAGCAAUGGGGGUUAGAGAGGCCAUGGCACUUGUUAACGGGAAUGAGAACUCAGACUUGAAUGAGCCCUGCACAAAACCAACCCAGGCACAAGCCAUAAUCGGCGAGACAUACUCAUCAGCGUCAAUUGCAAUUGCAAACAGUGUUGGACCACUAGGUGUUCCAAUGAUCAGCCAUUAUUCCACCUGUGAGUGUCUCAGUGACAAAAGGAAAUAUCCCACCUUUCUGCGUACUAUUCCCAGUGACUAUUACCAGAGCAGAGCACUUGCAGAAAUGGUCAAGCACUUUGGCUGGACAUGGGUGGGAGCAAUAAGAACAGAUGAUGCUUAUGGUAACAGUGGAAUGGCUGCAUUUACUGAAGCAGCUAAACAAUUAGGCAUUUGUUUAGAAUAUUCUCUUGCAUUUUAUAGAACAUUCUCUGAAGAAAAAGUCCUGAGAAUAAUUCAGCAGAUUAAAAGCUCCACUUCUCGAGUGAUAGUGGGAUUUCUCGACACAUGGGAGCUAGAGAUGUUGGUGCAUGUGCUUUUCGAACACAAUGUCACUGGAUACCAGUGGGUGGGAACUGAGGCAUGGAUUAUUAACCCAGCACUGGCCAAACUGGACAAAUACAAUAUACUACAAGGAUCAAUAGGACUUGCUAUUGCCAAAACAACAGUAACAGGUAUAAAAGAUUUCAUUUUGGAUAUAAAUCCACUGAAAUCUAUAGGAAGUGGCAUAUUUACAGAAUUCUGGGAGGCUCUGUUUCAGUGUACAUAUACAAAACCGAAUGAAUCUGAAGAUACACCAGUGUGCACAGGAAAAGAAAAACUGUCUGGAGUGGAAAACACAUUCACUGACUUGUCCCUGAUGCCCAUUUUCAGUAAUGUGUAUAAAGGUAUAUAUGCUGUUGCUCAUACUCUACAUGAACUUCUCGGUUGCACACAAACAUGCCCGACAAAGAAGCAGCCUGAUCCUCUCACUUUUCUUCAGCAUCUUAAAAGUGUGAAUUUUAAAACCAAAGAUGGUGAGGAUGUUUUUUUCGAUAAAAAUGGAGAUCCUCCGGCAAAAUAUGACAUCAUAAACUGGCAGACAACUAAAGAACAUCAAUAUGAGUUUGUUACUGUUGGACUUUAUGACUCAACCUUACCUUCUCACAAUCGUUUAGUGGUAAAUGUGGCCUCUGUUCUGUGGGCACAAAACAGCAAUCAGGUGCCAAGAUCAGUGUGCAGUGAGAGCUGUCCUCCAGGCACCAGGAAAGCUGUACAGAAAGGAAAGCCGAUCUGCUGCUUCGACUGCAUACCAUGUGCAGAAGGAGAGAUCAGCAACAUCACAGAUUCGAUUAAAUGUGAACAAUGUCAUCAAGACUACUGGUCAAAUCCACACAGGGAUGAGUGUGUGAAGAAAGAAAUUGAAUUCCUGUCCUAUGAGGAAACAAUGGGCAUUUUGUUGACAGCUGUUUCAAUUAUUGGGGCUUUAACAACCAUUAUAAUAGCAAUCAUAUUCUUUAAAUACAAAGACACACCAAUAGUCAAAGCCAACAACUCAGAGCUGAGCUUCCUGCUGCUCUUUUCUCUGGCCUUAUGUUUCCUCUGUUCUCUUACUUUUAUCGGACAGCCCUCUGAUUGGUCCUGUGUGCUGCGUCACACAGCUUUUGGAAUAAUCUUCGUCCUCUGCAUCUCCUGUGUUCUGGGGAAAACAAUAGUGGUGUUAAUGGCCUUCAGAGCUACACUUCCAGGCAGUAAUGUCAUGAAAUGGUUCGGGCCUCCACAGCAGAGACUCAGUGUUCUUGCUUUCACUCUCAUUCAGGUCCUAAUUUGUGUGAUUUGGUUAGCAACAUCCCCUCCAUUCCCAUUCAAAAAUCUAAAGCGUUAUAAAGAAAAGAUCAUUCUAGAAUGUCACUUAGGAUCAAAUGUAGGUUUCUGGGCUGUGCUGGGUUAUAUUGGACUUUUGGCUCUUUUUUGUUUUGUUUUAGCUUUUCUGGCUCGGAAGCUUCCUGAUAACUUUAAUGAAGCCAAAUUCAUCACAUUCAGCAUGCUCAUAUUCUGUGCUGUCUGGAUCACCUUCAUCCCAGCUUAUGUCAGCUCUCCUGGAAAGUUCACAGUCGCUGUGGAAAUAUUUGCCAUUCUGGCUUCAAGCUUUGGUACACUAUUCUGUAUUUUUCUACCAAAAUGUUACAUAAUCAUAUUGAAACCAGAAAAGAACACUAAAAAGCAAAUGAUGGGAAAAGUGUCAGUUAAGUGAAAUAUUGGGCAAUGUAUUGACUUUUAAUACUGUUCUGUGCUGGCUAACAAAAAUAUAUAUAUAUCAUUGGAUACUUGGAUAUGCAGUAGUGAUUGCUAAUAGAAUAAAGUGUUUGUUGCUAAUACAAUAAUGAUAAAAAUAAUUAAAUGAUAAAAUGUAUAAUGCCAUCCAAUAAAAUGCCUACACAGUACAUAGUACUAAUUAAAUGUUUGGAUUUGGAAUUAAA